AUGCUGGUCAGCGCAGACUCGAUCUAUAACUAUUAUAACCGCACGGCCUACAUACAGCAUGAUGACUCGCUGAUUAUGCUUCCUUUCAAUUCCGAGUUUAAGACCGGCCAGACAGUGACGGACCUUUGGAAACUCCCGGCUGACGACUGUAAAGUGAUAUCGGUCUCCAACAAGCUGUAUGCAUUCUACGAAACCAACACCUCGGACUCGGCCCUUUUAACGGUAUCCCAAUUCAACGAGACAACUCAAGAAUGGAAAGAGCUGGACUUCGGGUCGCCGCUGGAGUAUCUUUCGGGUAGCGCCUACAUGGCGACUCCUGACGCUCCAGACUCCGUAUAUGUGUAUGGGGGCUACAACUCAUCAUCUGGCAGAGUCUCUGGACGAUUGGUGCAAUUAGACCUCAAUGCCCUGGAAAUAGCAGAUACUCAGUCUUCACUGCAACCAACCGGUUUCUACGACUCCUCGUCGCUGCUGAUCAACCACAACACUCUUGUUUUGGUCGGAGGAAAGACGGCAAGCGGCUGGGUGAGCCUGAAGCAGCUGGCGGUGUGGCAGUACGAGUCGUGGGGAUUUAAGAGCGUAUCGGUAGAUAAAACAGACACCAUCAACUCGAGGGCCGGGGCGCUGUUGCUGCCUGUUUUCUCCAGCAACAUGAUCACCGAGGAAUAUCUCAGCAGCAACUACAGCGACUUUUCGGUCGACUUUGUGCUGAUGGUCGGAGGAGGCCUCUCUUCUGGUACGUACAGCUCGCCAAAUUUUGCCAGAUUGGACGUGGGAUCUUCUUGGUCGUGGACGUCGCUGGACACCACUGUGAGUCUCGCAAACUCGAAAACCAACAACGCCAACAACAGCCAGCUGAGCGUGGACGACAUGGUCGGCGCUGCCGUGAUCUACGACACGCUGGUUGUGGUAAAUGGAGACAGUGCAAACUACACCCUGACGCUGUACAACACGACGAGUUUCGAGGUGCUCGAGUCGGUAGAUUAUUCAAAUUUGGCGAAGAAGACGCCGGGCAAGUCCAGCAAAAGCCUGGUCAUUGCGCUGUCUGUGCUGAUACCUGCCCUCGCAGCAACCAUCAUCGCCCUGGUGGCAGUCUGGCUCUACAAAAAAUACAAGUCACGUGAGGCAGAAAAGCAGAAGGAAAAGGACCUGAAAGACAUCAUGGAGUUCUACCAGGCCGGCAACUCGUCGUCGACGACGUUUGCCUCGCACGGAGCGGAGAAGGAAAACACAUCAUACUUUGGGAACCACGUCAAGGUCAAUAAUUACGACGACGGCGAUAAUCUAUCCAUCAGCUCAUGGAAACGCAAAAGAUGGCAGCUGGAGUCCGAGAUGGUCAACCAGGACCAGGACACGGACGUCGAGCCGGAUCCAACGCCGGAGCCGGCGGAAAAAAGCCCCGUGUCCCCCCUCAAACGGUCGCUGUCCACGAUUUCGUACUCCCUGGGCCGCUCACUAAGACGCAGCUUUUCGUACCAGUCCAGCAUCCGUUCUUUCUUCACGGCAGAGACGCCGCCGGACGAUUCCGGCCACAGCCCACAGCUCACCAACAUCCCUGUUUUGCGGCCCGCCGAGGCUUCUAACUUCGCCCUCCAUCUGAUUCCCGAGGACUCGUCUCUCAACUCUUUCAAACUGAAGGCCGCAGCAGACUCGCACUCGAUGACCUCCAACUCGACCAUCUGCGAAAAAAGCGAGAGCUCAGGCUCUCGGCCGGCCUCGCCGCCGCCAGCAGCACGCACCACGUCGCUGGUGUUCCACAACAGAGCGCCCCUCAUGGCGAUGCCCGGCCGGUCCAAGGAUUUCCUGCCCCCUCCGGAGCCGGACCUGGAGAAUUUGGACGUGCAAAUUCUGGUGAGCUCCAAACGACGUUCCAAGCUCAGAGUCACUAACCCUGACCCCGACGGGCCGCGGAAACGCACAGCCAGCAACGAACACGACGAAGAGGAGUAA